UUUAAAUCGCGAGGGGGUCGCGGGUACCAUGAACCAUGUAGCGUUGUGCACGGAAUUUUGUUGAUUAAAAGAAAGCAAAUUAGAAGGCAAGAAUUCGCAAAUGUGCAAAAAGCGCCUCCACCUCGACUUUCGAAUGUGAUCUCAAUUAAGAACUGUUAGUAGGUACAUUGGUAUUAGAAGUCAAUUUAACUUGGAAAUUCGAAAAUUGCAUUGUUUUUGUGCCGGCGCCUGCAAGACAAAACGAAUUGAAACAGAAACGAAAGCGUUUUUUUUUUCAUUUACUGUUAUUACACCUCCCAAGAAGAAGAGGGUAGAUUAGUGUGUGGUCAAAACUGGAGUGCAGGCGACGCUCCAACAAAUCGAACUUCUUUGUGUUUAUUUAUGUGUGUUUUUUUUCGUUAUUUUACUUCUAUUUGAAAUUAAAGUGUCAAAAUUUGACUGAAAAGGCUUAAAGGAGGGAGAGGCUGAGGCCAUGACUCGCUAUUAGUGUUCGUGUGUGUACGUGCAGAAAGUGACAUCCAUCCCAGUACCCUGUAGCAAGCGGUCGGGGGGAGGGGUUUGGCUGAAAGGGAAGAAGAAGCAAUAACCGCAACACGCGGUGCGCUCUCUCUGUUAUUUUUUUUUUUUUUUUUAUCAAAAGGGCGGGAAGGUUUAUUCGGUUCUUUUGGUAAACAACAAAAAAUGUCGAAAACAUCGAGUGGAAGUGGCGAACCAAAGCGUGUCAGUCUAACCACUAUAAGCCAAACGGAGACAGCGGCUGCAGCAGCGGCAGCCUUUCCCUCCAGAUUUGGUGGCGGUGAUUUUCUUGAACCGGAGGUUCCAUCAGCCAAAUCUUCAAAGACCACCAAUAAGAGUAUACGCUUGAAAUUGGAACUAUUCGAAACAGAUUCCAACAAAUAUCCAGAAUUUAAUUAUACAAAGCUCCUGCAUGUGGAAAAGAAAAGGGCCAAGAAAUUGAAGGGCAAAACCAGCGGUGGACCGGGAAGUGAUCCAUUUGGAGAUAACGAUGAUGAUGUUGCGCGAAUUGCCAAGGAGUUGGAAGCCAAAUAUGGCAAUGCUUAUGUCAAGGGCAGAGGGCGUAGCAAAAAGGAUGACUUUUGCGACAUUGGCAUGGGCUAUGAUGAAUCUGACUCUUUCAUAGACAAUACGGAAGCGUACGACGAAGUUAUACCCGAAGAGGUUGAGACUAUUAAAGGCGGCUUCUAUAUCAACUGUGGAGCCUUAGAGUUUAAGAAUCUAAUCAAGAAAUCAUAUACCACCCGCACCGAUGAAAUCAUUAAAAUGCCAGAGAGAUCCCGCAAACGUAUUAUAUCAUCUAGUUCUGAUUCAUCUUCUUCUUCGUCCAGCGAUGGCGAGGACAAUGAUGAUGACGACGAGGACGAUGACGAUGAUGAGGAGGACGAUGACGAAGAAGAAGAGGAAGAUGGCAGCGAUAGCGAAAGCCUUGAGGAUGAAGAUACUGGGUCAGUAGCCGCAGCCAAAGCCAAGAAAAAGUACAAAGACAAAUUAGAAAAGAGGCAAAAAUCCAGUGCUUCAAAUGAAAAGGCUAAGAUUGCCAUUAAUCCCAGCAUAGACAAGAAAAAGACCGUUAAAAAGUUAGAUGGCACCUCAUCGUCAUCGAACUCUCCUCGUCCCAGUGCUAAAGAAAAUUCGGAUACAGAUGAGCGUCAGGCUCAGGCCCUGAAGAAGGUCGUUAAGACAACCACCGUCAAGGAUAUGCUUAAAGCAAAAAGGGAUAGCUUUCUCAAAUCCCAAGGUGGAACGUCCAAUAAGGGAACGCAUAAUGGCGAACUUAAAUGCAAUUCCACGGAUGUCGAGUCCAGUAGUGAAAAUGGUGGCACAGAUUCGGCUACGGAGCAAGGCAAAAACGAAAAGCAGCCCAAAGGAAACAACGGAGUGGACAAUCUACGAACAGGAGACACUGCGUUACCCACAUCACUAGAUAACGAGACCCUAUCAAUCAUCCAGAGCUUUAAGGAUGCGGUUAGAAGUCGCGAUAUGUGUGGCAAAAAGUUCUUUUUCGAUGAUAAGCUAACAGCACUCCUCCUGAAGUUAUACGAGUCACUACUCUGUACGGAUCGUAAUGCACGUAAUAUGGUCUAUGCACACUUGGAAUAUCAAUUACAAUUGCCGAAAUACUUUAUCCUACGCAAGGCCAAGGCCAUGAUAUCCAAGGAGGAGAGAAACAAGUCGACAAAUGCUCUGGAUAAGCUGCGCAAGGCGAUUACCGAGAUUAUGCCAAGGGCAAUAGCAAACUAUGAAAUAGAACUACAUCAGUGCAGUAUCCAGGCGGCGGUGGAUAUCAACUCGGAACAUCCUCCCAAGAUGCCGCGAAAGAAAUUCCAAUGGAAUAGUGAAUUGAGGCAACUUUUGUAUGAUGUAUAUCAGGCACGAUGGACAUCGUACGCUGUGCUCGGCAAGCGCAAAGACUCAUUGGAGGAAUUCAUUAAUGGUUAUCUGAAGAAGAAAGUGGUGGAACUUUGGCCAAAGGGCUGGAUGCACUAUGACGAUUUGCAACGUGAAAUCGAUCGGUAUAAAAAUACUAGUAAAAAAACAAAAGAUAAACCAAAGGCAAAAGGGCUUGCUGCUCCUAUUUCCAAUGCUGAAUCGUUAUCAAGCCAUGCCUCCAAUUAUCUGAAACCUAUAAUCGAGGAGAGUCGAUCACGUGCCAAUUCUGAUACAGAUUCAGCAACAAGUGCCUCAUCGAAUAGUCUAAAACGAAAGCUCAAAGAGCCGCCGUCAACGAAACCGAAUGUCAAACCGCCCAAAGUGAAAAAGACGGCAGCAGCAGCGGCGGCCAAGCAGACACCGCAGGAAACGCAGCAGCCGCAGCAUAUCCUACCCAAUCCCCUCGAAACACUUUUAAAUAUGCCUAGUACCUCCGCUCAAGCAGCUGCCCUAGCUGGCGUCAUUGAUUUGGCCUCCAUCACUAAGAAAACCGAUCAUAGCAUAUUUAACAUAAUGACAGCCUCAGCUUUGGCAGCUGCCUCAUCUGUUUCGGGAUCUAAGUCCAUUCCGGUAUCUCCUUCUGUUACAGCCACUGCCAGUUUAGCCUCCACAUCCGCCAAUGCCACGACAAUCAAAGUCGGCAAUCAACAUUCCAAUAUGAGUGUCAGUACAGCACGGCCUACACCUCAUAUCAUUAAUCUGGAUGAUUACAGAAGUCCCAGUGAUAUUUUGCAGACAUCAAAGCAGCUGGUCGCCACUAAUGUCUCCAACACGAAACCCAACAACUCCAUUACGAUUUCACCUGCGCAAGAGGCCCGCUGGGAGAGUAGCGGGGAAUCAGAUGGUGUUGAGUUUGUGGGCUGCUAUCCAGCUACAAAACCUGGGGUGAAAAAUAAAGUCGCACACAAAACAAAAGUAAAACCAUCUUCAGCAAAUGGAGCAAACCUAAGUGUGGGGUCACUUGGCUUUAAAAUGGACAACAUGUAUGUUUAUAAUAACAAUAACAAUGCCAAACUGGGUUUGCCCAUGAGCGCAGCGGGUGUUGCGGCUGGCGCAUUGGGCCAACAUGCGUUCGAUCUCACCAAUCCGCAUAUAAUAAAGGCCAUGAACGAUUUAAAGACUUUAGAGAAACAAAUGAAAUGUUCACCACAAUUCACCACCGUCGUCUCGCCUAGCAGUCUGAAGAGCGCCGGAGCGGGAACAGCAGCAACUGGCGCUGGAACGCCAUCGACGCCCCAAUGACAUUCAACAAAUGCCGCACAGACGCCUACGCAAACGCAGACGCCAGUGUCGGCAUUCUACAAUCACGAGCAGGCUGUUGCAGCUGCCCUCGUGCUCUCCUCCAUGAGUGUGCCCACCAACCACUAUGAUCCGCACCAGCAUAAGACUCUGAACCUGAUAAAUGGCUCUACUGUGAAUGCUGGCGGGGGUUUAACCACUGCCACCGGCCAGGUUGGGACACUAACCGCCACAACACUGCCCCAAGUAUUUUUAAAGCCUUCUCCACCUCCGCCGCCUUCAGCCAUAGAAGUAGUGUCGUCUAGCAAUGGACAACAUCCGCACCAGCAGCAGCAGCAGCAGCAACAACAAUUACAACUGCCCACAAAAUUUGUUUAGUUUUUCAUUUUCCCCGCCUCUAUUUUCUACUGCUCCCCGAAUAAGCGAUUCUAAGUUUAAAUAUCUCCAAAAUUAGUUGAUAUUUACAUAUAUAUUUAUAUAGGUAGAUAUGUAUAAAGGUUUCGUAAGCGCUUUAGUCAUUUGCAAAAUUUAUUUCUUUAUUCGAGUCGCAAAGAAAUUUAAUUAUUGUUUUCGUAUUGUAUUUUAAUUGGUCCAUUUAGACUUGCAUACUUAUCAAGAAAUUAAGCAAAACAAGUUUAUCUAGUUAUUUUUAGCGAACCAUUGUUUAUUAAAUAAAAGAAGAAA